AUGAAAAAGGAACUAAAAGGGAAUACAGUCACUUUCAAAGACGAGCUUAAGUUUCUGGAGACCUCGCCAUUUACUGAAGAGAUUGAUAGAGCCAUGCUUUCAAAAAGUUUCAAGAUGCCGAUCUUGGAUACUUAUGAUGGGAAUUUGGUUGAUUGUCGAUGGCAACUAGGUUGGAACGCUGGACACGAUACUAAAGAGGCACGUGGGCCCUCCGCCCAUUUCCCAUAUAAAAACUCUCCCCUUCCCAUCCUUUUAGUUCAUGAGAUACAUAGAGCGUUUGGGUCUCCCAACAGAGUGUCUCUGAGAGCUAGGGUUCCCUUUCAGCCCCCUCUGCUUCUGCUUUUGAACAGAGACUUCGUUCAACUACUCCUCAAACUUCUCUUUGUUUGUUACAGAGAGAUAGCCAUAAUGGGUGAUCACCAUUCCUGCGCAGUUGCAUUUGGUAUCUUAGGUAACAUCAUCUCAGUCCUUGUAUAUCUCGCUCCAGUACCAACGUUCCAUCGAAUUUACAAAAAGAAAUCAACGGAGAGUUUCCAAUCACUGCCCUACCAGGUGGCAUUGUUCAGUUCCAUGCUAUGGCUGUAUUACGCGUUGAUUAAAAAAGAUGCUUUCCUUCUCAUCACCAUCAACUCAUUUGGAUCUAUUGUAGAGACUAUAUACAUAUCUAUGUUCAUAGCUUAUGCAUCAAAGAACAGCAGGAUGUGUGCUAUGAAACUUUUUGUAGCUAUGAACGUGGGGUUCUUCGCUUUAAUUCUCAUUCUCACACACUUUCUGGUGAAAAGUUCAAUUCGCAUCCAGGUUCUUGGUUGGAUUUGUGUCGCCAUCUCUGUAUCUGUCUUUGCAGCACCCUUAAACAUUGUGGCACGAGUCAUUCGAACAAGAAGCGUUGAGUUCAUGCCUUUCAACUUGUCAUUUUUCCUCACAUUGAGUGCAAUAAUGUGGUUUGCUUAUGGACUAUUUAUUAAGGACCUCUGUGUAGCUCUCCCGAAUGUCCUAGGCUUCAUCCUGGGGAUGCUCCAGAUGCUGCUAUAUGCAAUUUUCAGAAACACUGAAAAGGUUGUAGAGGAGAAGAAGCUACCAGAACAAAUGAAAACUAUUGUUGUCCUUAGCACAUUAGGCGCCUUUGAAGUUUAUCCUGUAGAUGUAGAUAUUCAAUCUGAUGAUAACACUAACAAUAAAAAAGAAGAUAAGAAAGAGAAUGAACAGGCAGGGAAGCCUGAUAAAACUGAUCAGAAAAGCUUGGAAGAUUCUAGUGACUUCCACUCAAAUGAGUGUCCAGUUUGAAUAAACAUUAAACUGUACCCAGUUAUCAUUUUGUUGAGAGUUCUGAUGCCUGAAACUGCCUUCCUCAUUUCUUUUCAAUCCGUUCUUGUUUGCGUUCCAUAUCCACCCCGCACCCUAGCCUUUGUACACAGAACAAUGAGCCAGGGGCUACUAAAAAAACGCAGACUAUGUAUUCUGCAUAUUUCAGUUUAAUUAUCUUUGUAUGUCAUUGAUCCAUUUACUUAUUGUUUUGAAAUACAACGAUGACUAUUUCGGAUGACAA